AUGGCACUCAUUGCUUAUAUUCGUGGUCUAGCUAUCACCGGUUGUGUUUUUUGUGGUAUUCUUGCUGUGAUACAUAUUUAUAUAUUUAUAUUAGAAGCAAUACUUUGGCGAAAACGAGCAACUAAAGCAUUUGGGUUACCACAGUCAACGGUUGAUGUUGGCGCCACUUUAGCCGCUAAUCAAGGUUUUUAUAACUUGCUUCUUGCUGCUGGCCUUAUUUGGGGACUAGCAGAAUUAAAUCCUGAUCGAAUGUUAUUUUUUUCGGCGGCUAUAUUUACGGCUGGUAUAUUUGGUGCAAUAACAGCAUCACCUCGUAUUUUAUUUGUACAAGUUAUACCAGGUUUACUGGCAUUUGUUUUUGUUGAUUUUGGUUUUUUUUCACCAAAAAUUUGGUCGUAUUGGAAACAUCCAUUAUAUUUGUUACUUAUUUUAAUCGGUGCUGGUCUUGUAACAGCUAUUUUGAGUUUUCUGAUAAAAAAAAAAUUUCUAGAAAAUAUUUCGAAGACAUCUUCACAAUCUGGAUCAGCGAAUGAUAACUUGUAA